AUUCAUCUCUACUGUGAAGAGGCACGUAGGGUCGCCGACAGAACAGAGGCCAGCUGCCCCAGGCCCCGAGGAAGGCCGAGCUGCCCUCAGCAGAAGCAGCCCGGAGAACCUGCGAGGAGGAGCCGGCGGUGUCAUUGCGCCCACACCCAGGGAUGGGAAAGGAGGGGAAGUUCUUAGGAAAGAAAACAGAAAGACAAACUGCCCCUCCGAGGACGGGCGAGCAUCCCGGGAGACACGGCAGCCCACAAGUCUGAACGAACAGAGACUUCUGGCAAGAAAACCCCCCACCCCGCCCCCACGCCCAACAAAGAGGAAGCGGCCGGCUAUAAGAAAGCAGAAGGGUGUCUGCUCCCUGGCCCUGCGGCACGGCGUGGAGGACAGUCCCAGCAGGCGGCCGUGAGCUGGAUGUCCCCCGGGGUGCAGCGCUGCCCUCGGAUGCCAUGAACGCGUCGGAGGCCGCGGUGAACACCUCGGAGCCGAGGGGCUUCAACGGGUCUGAGCGGUGCCCCCGGGACGCGCGUGUGGCCCAGCUGGUGUUCCCGGCCGCCUACACCGCCCUCUUCCUGGCGGGGCUGCUGCUCAACGGCCUGGCCCUCUGGGUCUUCCUGCACAUCCCCAGCAGCUCCACCUUCAUCGUCUACCUCAAGAACACGCUGGUGGCUGACCUGCUCAUGGCCCUGACGCUGCCCUUCAAGAUCCUCUCGGACGCCCGCCUGGGCCCGUGGCAGCUGCGGGCCUUCGUGUGCCGCUUCUCGGCCAUCGUCUUCUACGAGGCCAUGUAUGCGGCCAUCAUCCUGCUGGGCCUCAUCGCCUUCGACCGCUGCCUCAAGAUCCUCCGGCCCUUCGGCAAGUUCUCCGUGCAGAGGCCGGCCUUCGCCCGGGCCGUCUCGGCGCUCGCCUGGGCCUUCCUCUUCGCCCUCUCGCUGCCCAACAUGGUGCUGACCGACCGGGAGGCCACGCCGGCCUCGGUGCGCAAGUGCGCCGCCCUCAAGGGGCCCCGCGGGCUGGCCUGGCACCAGCUGGUCAAUGACGUGUCCCAGGCCAUCUUCUGGACGGUGCUGGCGCUCAUGCUGCUCUUCUACGCCGUCAUCGCCUGGAAGGUCUACGCGUCCCACCGCAGGGCGCAGGGCCGGGACAGCCGGGGCCAGAAGAAGGUGGAGGGGAAGGUGUUCGUGGUGGUGGCCGUCUUCUUCGUGUGCUUCGCCCCCUUCCACUUCGCCCGCGUGCCCUACACCCGCAGCCAGACCCGCGGCGGCGGCGCCGACUGCCGGCUGCAGGACCGGCUCUACCUGGCCAAGGAGAGCACGCUCUUCCUGGCGGCCACCAACAUCUGCAUGGACCCGCUCAUCUACAUCUUCCUGUGCAGGAAGUUCCGGGACAGGCUGCCGUGCUGGAAACGGAGGCGCGGGAACGCGGCCCCCGGCCCAGAAAACCAGAGCAGUCAGACGGACAACAUGACCCUCAGCUGACGGGGCCGCUGCUCGGGACGGACGGCUCGGGGCGGGGGGUGAGCGCGAGGCCAGGGGCCAGGUCGGGAGCAGGUGCGUGGGCGGGAAGGCACCAGCAAGAACACGGGUCCCGAAGGCCACGCACAGCGCCCCCCCUCGGCUGGCGGGAG